AACAAAUGUGAUUGUAUAUGGAAUGGUGAGGACUCUCAAACAGGAUUUGAAGUAAUCCACAGAGGAGUUGGGCAUGCUGUUGACCUUGAAAAAAGAACAUGUACUUGUAGAUCUUGGGAUUUAACUGGCAUUCCAUGUGCUUAUGCCAUGAGUGCAAUAUUAUAUAUGAGACACAAACCCGAAGACUACUUAGCACAUUGGUAUAAUGCUGCAACUUAUGAGAAAACAUAUGAUAAUUUGUUGCAACCAGUUCCAGGGAGUACAUUUUGGAAUCAAGAAGGAGAAGGGUUAGUGUUGCCCCCCGACAUUAUUAACAAAGGCCCUGGAAAAAAGAAAACUACAAGAAGAAAAGAUGCUGAUGAGCCAAGUAAGGGAAAGGUUAAAUACAACAGAUCGAGGAUGCCUAACAAGUGCUCAAAUUGUAGACAACCGGGACAUUACAAAAAUAAAUGUCCACAUCCUUCCCAAUCUCAGAAGGAAAAUACUUCAAGUGCAGGUGCUAAAACAUGCGCUAGAGGAAGGAAAAAAGGAGGAAAUAACAGAAUAGGAAGAAGCAUACCAAAUCUGAUUCAAAACAAUGUUCUAACCCCAUUAGACUAUGUCAACCAAACUAAAAAAAGACAAGGAAGAGCAAGAGCAGGUGAUGCGUCAACCUCAACGCCAUGAAUGGAAUCAAGAGCAGCAACCGGAGGGAAAGGGAGGAAGGGAAGAGGAGGAACGGUUGGGAUUGGUAUUUUGUAUGGAGAUAGGGGCCAAGUUUCCUUCAGUGACUCUGAAUAUACACCACCAAGGGAGGAAGUCAAGCCUAGAUUCCAUCUCAACCAACUCAAUAGCAAGCUGAGGAGGGUGUUUAAUUUAUUAGGGUAAUAGUGUAGUUGGUGUUUUGCUAUUUUGAAAUACUGGCAAGUCAUUUUUUUGGAAGAUGUCAUUAUUGUAAUUGGUUGUGCUGUCUGUUUGGCAUACUUGUUGCAUGUGGUCUUAUUUUUGAAGAACUUAAAAAUUCUUGCUUUUCAACUUAAUGACAAAGCUUUA